GCCCUCGCGUUGCUCGGUUGCCAAGGUUUCCAGGCGGAAGGGAGGAGAGAGGAAGGGCGAGGCGCGAGGCGCGGGCCGGCCAGGGCUGCUCCUCCUCCACCCGGGGCUGGAAGGCGUGAGGCCCCUUCGCCCCCCGGUCGCCAUGGCUGUCUCGUCCUGGGCGGGGAUGAGCGAACGCGAGAAGGAGGGCUGCCGGGAGCUGCUGGACUUGCUGGACACCGACGACCUCCUGGCCCUCACCGACACUGUCACCACCCGCCUCGUCCAGCCCGAAGACCGCCAAGAAGCCAUACAUGCCAUCUUACUAUAUAGCCAAAGUGCUGAAGAGCUAUUGAAGAGAAAGAAAGUAUUUCGAGAGAUAAUCUUCAAGUACUUGGCAACCAAAGGAGUUAUAGUGUCUCCUUCUUCUGAAAAACAUCAACUCAUUAGUCGCACAAAACUGUACUGGUGUGAAGAGCUGAAAAAUUGUGCCUCAGAUGAAAAAUGUGUAAAACCUAAUGAAGAGCAACAUGAAGAAGGAGAGAAACAGGAAGGAGACAAACAAGAUAAUGACAAGGAGUACUACAGUCUGGCAGAGGAGUUUUGUCAGUGGUUCUUUGGCAUUCUGAACUCUCAGAACCCAUUGAUUGGACAGUCCGAAGACGAGUAUGGACCACAACACUUUUGGGAUGACGCAAAACUAAAGUUUUGUUACCACACUUCAGAAGAGAACAUAGAAGAGUAUUUCGGUGCAGAAUUGGUAAGCCUUCGCUUAUUGUCCUUGGUGAAAGAAGAAUGCCUCUUUCUGAACCCCAAUUUGAAUGCUGGUGGCCUGAGGUGCACAGUUUCUCCGCAUGGGUUAAUUGUGGUGGCAGUAGCUGGUACAGUUCAUAGAGAUACUUGUUGUUUGGGAAUCUUUGAACAAAUCUUCGGACUCAUCCGCUGUCCGUUCAGGGAAAAUACAUGGAAAAUCAAGUUUGUGAAUCUCAAAAUUGUUGGUCAGAAUGCCAUGGAACCUGGGACCGAAAUAGAAACACCGUGCAUACAAUAUGAAAAGGAAGAACUCCAGGAAUUCUGUGUGCCCAAAGAACUUGCCUUGAUUGAACCUCAAAAAAAUUGAGCUCUUUCUUUGGAAAACUGAAGAAAGACUGUUUGUGGACAUUGAAAAAUACAGCACAUGAACAUAAGUGAGCAUUCAAAAACAUUGUUUGCUUGUGCUUUGUGAGUCAGAUUUUCUGAUUGAGGAGCUAAGUAAAAGAAUUGCCUAAAUUAGGGAGUGACAGCUGAUUACUAGUAAGCUGAUUCAGUCAAUCACAUUGCUUCCCAAAUGAAAAGUAAGAUGGAAGGAAAAAUGAGAGGAAUGUUCAGAUAGUCUUCAUGCAGCCACUUCUUUUCCCCACUGUGAGAAGUGUUGGGGUUAGGUGGAAAUAAAGAAGCCCAAAUGAGAACGAUCAAAACCCGGAGAUUAUUUUGGCAAAUUGUGGCUUCUUUCCUUGGAGUGGGAGGAGUUUAUAAUUUUGGGCCGGGGGGGGGGGGGGUAAACAACACACAAUAGAAUGUGAUCUGUUUGUGGCAAUCCAGUUACAGAUGAGCUGCAACUUUCAUCUACCCUAGGGUUUCCAUCUUGAAAAUUUUACCUUUAAUGGUUGUUAAGGAGAUAAAUUUUAGAACGUGCUGUUUGUCACUGAUAGAGGUAAAACACCUGUUGAUAUUCCAUCCCCUACUUAGUCAUUCUGAGGUAUAGGAACCCUCCCCAGUUUUUCCUUUGGUAAUCCUAAUCCAUCCCAGGCAACAUAGCCAGUGGGUGAAGUCAAAAUAGUAUCUCAGGGUCCAUGAUUUGCUCAGAUCAGUUUUAUAGGGAUGAAAGGUUGCCUUUUGUCACAGUUUUGCUGGGGGCAUUUUCUCAGAGUGUGUGUCUUCCACUGUAAAAAAAUUCCAGUGUGACAAAUCACAUUGCUAUCAGUGCAUUACUAUUUGUUAGGAAAUUGUUUAUGCUGGGAUUUUUUUACAUACACUUCUCACUUUUACUUAAAAAAAGCUUGAAUUAAAACUGCCAUUGAUCUUAAUACAAUUAUUAAUUAUCUCAUUUAAAGUGUUUCUUUUAAAGGGAUUUUAAAAGAAAAGUUAUUGCAAAUAUCUCACAGAUCCAAAAUCUCAGGCUGGCACAAGAGAAAACAUUUAUAAUUUAUAAACCAAUUUCUGUUCUCUUUUACGAGUUCCAAAACAGGUUAAUUUUACUGCCACUGUUAAUUAGGUUGAAAUUGUGAAUUUUCCAUGUUUUACUUCUUGUUCAGUACAACUUCUGCUUAAUGUGGCUAUUCACACACAUUCACCCUCUAAUCCUUUAGUUAAAGUUAAGGUUAAACUAGAAAACAGAAAUAUUAUGUGUGCUGCUAUUGCAUCAAACAUAUUUUGUUGUUGUUUUAAUCUAGUGCAAAUGCAGUCUUUAAACUAGUUGCUUUGUUAGUUUUCUUAAUGUUGGAGUUAUUGUGGAGGAAACAAUAACUCCAUCUGCCAGAGGUGCUUUUACUGCGAUAUUCCUUCUUCUUGGCAGAGGGUUGGACUGGAUAUCCCAUGAGGUCUUUUCCGACUAUUAUUCUGUGAUUCUGCAUUCUGAUUUAUUCAGUUAAAAAUAAACCACAAAAACAUCAAUUCCCCGUAUAUUUAUUUUUUCUCAAUUAAUUUCAGCAUGUGAGAAUCUUUGUUCUUAAAAUCUUGAAUAUGGCUUUUUGAAAUUUCACACUCAUGAAAAGGUCCUAUUUAUAGCUUUAUCAAAGGAAGAACUACUUUUCAAGCAAGAGUUGCUCUUCUAAAAACAAAUGCUUAAGACAUACAUGUCAUUGGAAGACUUCCCUGGAGACUAGGACACGGAACAAUGGCUUCAAACUACAAGAGAGGAGAUUCCAUCUGAACAUGAGGAAGAACUUCCUGACUGUGAGAGCUGUUCAGCAGUGGAACUCUCUGCCCCAGAGUGUGGUGGAGGCUCCUUCUUUGGAAGCUUUUAAACAGAGGCUGGAUGGCCAUUUGUCAGGGGUGCUUUGAAUGCAAUAUUCCUGCUUCUUGGCAGGGGGUUGGACUGGAUGGCCCAUGAGGUCGCUUCCAACUCUGUGAUUCUAUGACUUGAAGCAAAAUGCCUGCUGAAAAAGAAUGGUUUUAUUUUGUGAAUAGUCUGAAUAAAGUGAGUUUAUUUGUAAUUAUACUUUGCUGUCUUUGCCAUGGCAAAAAAUAAAAAUCUCAAGGGCUAUAGUUGCCAA